ACAUUUUGGUGACGUUUAUCCAACGUGGUAUCGUUCGCUGGUUUUUAUAUCAACUUCCGCCUCUUCUCUGUAGUGGUAGAGCAAGGAAACGUUACCGAACGUUUUCUAAAGGUUUUCGGAAACGUUUAAUCGGUUUACAGUUUGGAAAAACGUAAAUGGAGCAUGGUAACGGGGAUAACCCCGAUAGGUCGAUGCAACGUCGAGUGGAGGGUUUUGUAAACAAACACAUGGCGGACAUGGCUCGAGAAACCCUCCAGCAGAGGCUGACUGCUGUUUCAGAUGAGAUGCACAGUCUGGCCGAACAUGUUUCCAGACGCUCAGAGGGAGAGUUCAAAGACAAUCCGCGGCAAAGGGACGCGAGCCUCGGUGUGCAGCCGCCACUCUGCCCCGCCUGUAGCUGCGGAGCCGCGGACAAGUUACUUUCUGCCCCAUCCACAGAGACGGCUGCUCAGCAGAAGAUAAUCGACCUACUGGUGGUGAUCCAAGAGGAGCAGCAGAGGCAGUGGGCAGUGCUGAGGGAUCUUCAGGCCCGCCUGCAGGGUCCGGCCGGCUACGAGGAAGAGGAUGUCGAGGCCCUGGACAUGGACCUCCCUCUGAGGACCCUGGAGCAGCUGGAUGACAUGGAGAGACAGCUGGAUGACGCAGGAAUACAGAAGAGAAUGGUGUCUUACCUGUCCCGGAUGGGCGGGGCUACGGUGGAAGAUGCAGUGAGACGCCUUAUGCAGGCUGUGCUUUCCUUCGCUGUGGGUUCUGAGCUUAACUGGGUGGGCCGCGGACAGAAGAGAAGCUUCAGGAACACUCGCCUCCAAGGGGUCCUCUUCUGCGCUCUGAAACGAACACCAGUGGGUAAGGAGGCCACACAUCACCAGUACGCAGACGUGGUGAAGAAAUGGCUGCGGUUUGCUCCGUUCAGACAGGGAGGGACGGGCCGUCGCUGCUACAAAGCUCCCGUGGAGUUUCCAGAGUCGGAGGAGUUUUAACCAGAACUGCACACACUGACGUUUAUCUCACUCAAACAGGAGGGUUUCUAUUCUGAGACAAGUUGUGUAGAAAACCCACAUGCAUGAAAUAUUGCUGUUAUGAUAGCAAUAUGAUUAUUAUCUCUUAAAGACACCUGCAUACUGAACACUUUUGUAUUUUUCCUCUUCCUGCUAAAAGUGCAAAUGUCCUUUUUAAAGAUGUGAAUGAGGAGACAUUUUCUUCAUUUCAGUGAGCUGUGUUAGAGAAGAAAAAUGGCAAUGAUACGUCUUACAGAAUUUCACUAAAAAAUAACAUUAGUUGUGAAUGCAUCUUUUAAUAAAAAUAUCGGUCAGUGCACAUCAGUCUCAACUGUUAAAAUGUUAAAAAUGGAUGUAUAGUGUCUUGGAAUGAAACCAUUCACUGUAUGAUUUUUUUUUUUUUUUUUUUUUUUUUUUUUUUUCUGUAUGUUUAAGCAUUGUUUCACUCCUUGUACACCCACAAUAUUUUCUCCCUUCUUAAUGCCUAAUGCAGUAUUAUAACUCUACUUAGGGUAUAUGGGCGUUUGUACAGUGGGUGUUCACUGUUUAUACAUUUGUCUUAAAGUAAAGAGUUUUUUUUAUGUCA